UACUUUUCGUCAGCCAACAAGAUGAAUAGGCCUAACGAACAGCAAAAGCACUAGCCUAUGUCAAUGUACUAUCCCCCAUAGUAUAGUUGAGGUUUGAAAGCGCGAAUAUCUUUCAAAUAUCCAACCUGAAACUGUCUUUACCUAGGUCAUUCUUCGCGAAGUCGACUGCGGAAAAUGACAAAAUCGCGGCAAGUGAAGCCUCCGUAUGGAUAAGGCAAGUACAGCCUCCGUUAAACACCGUAUGGUACAAGCUACAACAGCACCGACGGUCUUGUUAAGCUCAACGGUGCUUUGUUUCAUGACUCAAAUGUUGUGAAGAUGCACUUGGGAAGAACGAAAGCUGAGAUAAUUACAAUGAAUGUUUUAGGACCAAAGACUGCAGGAUAUUUUGGAUGAUCUGUCCCCGACCGAAGUUCGCUACGUAGUAAAAGCACAGACCUGUUACCAGCGAAUCCCCUGGGGACUCUCACUCUGCGGCAAAAAUUGGUAAACUGUAUUACACAGAGGACAAAUCCUCCUCUGGAGCUAAGUAUUAAGGGUUGAAGAAGCGAGUCAAAGGGACUGGAAGAAAAGAGACCACAGAGGUAAGUAGUGAGCACGCAGGAAUGUGUUAAGUCUUUUACAGUUGGCUCCGAGCCCAGAUACAGUAGACUCUCACUCUGACUGUUGAGGUGGGAUUGGGCUCUUCUAGUUUUCAGGAUUUAAAAAAAUGGUUUUCCCACCAAGGUGAUCCACUGUUUUUAAUCCAAGUAUUACUACAUAUUAGAGUCAAUUGACGUACCCAUCCGUCAAUCUAAUUAACAUGAUUAAAACAUCCCCAUACUUCUGUUUAAGAUGUAACACUACAUCACCGGUAUUGUUCUGUCUUUCUGUUGAAUGGGUGACGUUGACCGACACAGGGACAUGGUAGCACGUAGAAUACGGAAUUAGAAGAGACUGCUUAAGUGGGGCAUUGACUUUUGAACCCUGAGUUUAUUUCACACACAGGGCAUUAAAUUAACCUUAGGGUUUUUAAUGUGUGACAGUGGAGGCUGUUUUUACCUGGGAAGUUAUUAACACCCCGUUGACAUCCAUCAUAGCAGAACUGAUGACUAUGUAUAUAGAGGUCAGAGUCUUAUUAAUCUGGAUUAAUGUUACGUUAUUGUUAUCGAAAAUGUGUAAGAGGAUUCGAUGUUAUCAUUCAGCUUUUAGAUGAACUACUAAGCAAAGAAUAUAUUUUUAUCUCAUUUCUCUCUUUCCAAGGUCUGGGUUGGGGUGAAUUUCCAGCAGUCAGUGCUGGGUGAUCCCCAUGAGGCAGACUGUGGAAGCCGAGGUGGUGAUGUCGUCCCCUAGACUGAGUGACCAUGGGCUAAGGCAGAUCCUGUCUGACGUGGUAGAGGAGGUGAAACAUUCCAUCAAUAAGGAAAUCAACGGGGCAGAGCUCCUAUACAGCCUCCUCAAUGCCCCCUGGCUCAAGUCCCUGCUCAAAGUGCAUGAGUGUCUGCGGCAACACCAGAGAGAGCCUCCUGCUCCCUUCCUACCGUACACAACACAGCUCAUCCAACAGAUUCUGACUGACAUGAGAACAGUUCGGAACACUUCUGCUGAGGCCAGGGAGCUUUACAGUCUCCUCAGGGGACCACACCUCCAGGCUCUGAUAUCAACCCAUGAUAUGGUGGCCCAGAAGGAUUAUGAGCCUGUGCUGCCUCCUAUCCCUGACAACCUCCCUGACGAUGAGGAGGCCAUGAGGAUUGUCUGUCUGGUGAAGAACAAGCAGCAGCUGGGAGCCACGAUAAAGCGAAAUGGGAUAACAGGGGAGAUCUUUGUGGCACGGGUGAUCCAUGGAGGACUGGCAGACCGCAGCGGUCUGCUACAUGCAGGGGACAGGAUCACAGAGGUGAAUGGUUACUCCGUAAAUGGCCUGGAGCCUGAGCAGGUCAUUGAGAGACUGGCCCGGUCUCAAGGCACCCUCAUGUUCAAAGUGGUUCCCAUCACAGAUAGACCAGUCAACAACCAGACGAUACUGUAUGUGCGUGCCAUGGCAGACUACAGUCCCCAGCAGGACCCGGCCAUCCCCUGCGCCGAGGCAGGUAUGGACUUCAGGAAGGGAGACCUGCUGGAGAUCGUGGACCAGUCAGACUCCCUCUGGUGGCAGGCCAAGAAACUACCCAGCACCUCGGCCUGUGCUGGCCUUAUCCCCUCCACCAACCUGCUCAGGAGGAAACAGAAAGAGUUCUGGUGGUCUCAGCCCUACCAGCCGCACACCUGCAUCAAACCCUUGAGCACUGUGAAUGAAGAGGAAGACCUGAUUGAUGAAAAGUGUGUUGAAGCUGAUGAGGAAGCUUUUGAAUCUGAGGAGCUAAGAGAAGAGGAGGGUGAGUUCAGCACUAACAUCGAGGGGAUCUAUCUAACUGGGUUCAGACGUAGCCUGCGUCUGUGUCGGCGCCAGUCCCUAAGCACAAGCUCCAGUCAGCAGUCCUUCUACACACGCAGCGGCUACAAUGCCCUCAACAACCCAUACGAAGAGGUGGUACGAUACCAGCGCAACCCGCAGGACAAACACCGCCUGGUCGCCCUCGUGGGUCCCUCUGGCGUUGGAGUGAACGAACUUCGCAGACGGUUAAUCAAAAUCAACCCAGUGACCUUUCAAGGGGCAGUGCCUCACACGACACGAGCCGCGAGGAGCUAUGAGGAGUCUGGUAAAGAGUAUCACUUCAUCAACAGGGAACUGUUUGAGAACAUGGUUUACAACAACAGGUUUCUGGAAUACGGGGAGUACAAAGAUAAUUUCUACGGCACUAGUCGUGAUGCUGUGAAGGAUGUUUUGAACAGUGGAAGGAUCUGUGUCAUCGACAUCGAGCCUCAUGCCAUCCAGUCAGUGAGGACACAUGAGCUUAAGGCCUACAUUAUCUAUGUGAAGCCGCCCACCGCAGAACGCAUGAAGGAGACCAGAAAGGAUGCUCAGAUCACCACCAAUUACUAUGAUAACAGACCUUUCAAAGAGGAAGACUUCCAGGAGAUGGAGGUGGCAGCCAGGAAGAUGGAGUCUCACUACUGCCAGUUCUUUGACUCUGUGAUGGUGAACGACGGGCUGCAAGACUCAUGUGUUCAGCUACUGAGGGCUGUGAGGAGGGCUCAGGAUGAGCCACAGUGGGUUCCUGCCAGCUGGAUACGACCCACAGAGGAGUUUUGAUGAGGAGAAUAGAGGGGGAGGAGAGUACAUAAAAGGAUAACAAACAGAUGGAGGGCAGGGCAUCGUAAAAGAGGGAAUGGAGAACAACAUGGAUGAGGGAGGAGUGGCUGUAACCUUUGGCUGCUACUUUUGAAGAUACCCUCUGCUCUCAAGUGGAAUUUGUUUUGGAUUGGGUUUAUUGUUUUGUUUUGUUUAGUGGUGAGUUUGAGAGACUCAUACAGAUACUGUCCUUGUGUCUUCUUGAAUCUGUUGUUGAAUAAUUAGCAUAUUCAAGGCUAUGAUGGAGCUGGAUUAAACCAAAAAUCAUGUCUGUUUUUCUCUAAAAUUGUGUGCGUAGUUGGAGAUCAUGUAUUGAUGUGCUACACAGGCAUGCUAUGAGAGGUUGCAGGUUAAUGUCAUCUUUCGUUUACAUUUAGAGCAAAUAAUUAUCCAUGCUGAAUUUCUGUAUUUUCUUAAUGUUUUUAUUUUAUUUAAUAAAAAGAAUGUUAAUGCCAAAGAA